UAUUCAUGGACACUACUUAGGGUCACUUCCUUCAUGUCUGCUGUUCCUGUACUCUAACUUGUACACUAUAUGUUCCUCAUUCUGGCGUUUAAAACGCAGCCUUUAGCGUGUAGUUAUAAAGGUCUAGAGGCGGAACUGAACUCCGGGAGCUGUUGGUUUUCUUCGGCGAGGAUACCUGUCGCUUCUUCGGGCUUUUUCCUCGACACAAACACUCCAGAAAUGGCGAAUAAAGAGCAGUCCGUUGUGACCGAAUGCGCGCUCCAGCUGCGAACGCUCGGAGAUCUGAUCUACUGGAAAUACGUGCUGCUGGAGUUCCUGGCGAGAACUUUGCAGGCAGCCAACGACGACGCUGCAGGAGGGACGUAAAUCCCUAAUGAGAACAUGAAGAUUUGAAUUAAAAAGAGGUCACUUAAGGCCGGAGCAGGAAUGGCUGCUCGUUUCCUGCUUCCAUCAGCAAAAAAAAAAAAGAAGAAGAAAAAUCCAAGCUUCUGUGCGUCAAGGAGUUUGUAAAAUCAGGCUUACACUUUGCUGUCUGUCGAUUAUGUUCAGGGAAACUACUUCCUGUCUGCUGUUUUACUACUGUUGCAGAACAGUGACAUGGACUGUAUCCAGAUGCGGUUCGUGAUGUCUAACGUGGCAGGUCACGUUUGGUCACCAUCAUAUCACAUUUGCACAUCUGUCCUGUUACAUGUGUGUAUGCAUGCAGGCGCAUACAUACGUUUUAGGAAGAAAAAAAACACGAAUCUAUGUCACUUUACUUCUAAGAUCCUCUACCUCAAGGCAGGUUUUCUCUGUGUGACUUCAGCUUCAUCACUAUACAGACAAAAGUUUGUGGACACCUAAUUGUAAGAUUCUUUUUGAACAUCUCAUUCCACAUUUCCAUGUGACGCAUAUCUUCCUGUUAUGAACACUGAAUUUUCGCAAAAUUUUGCUACCACAUCCAAAGACGUCCGAUAGGGUUGUCCGAAUACUUUGUGUCUAUAUAGCGUAAUUUGUAUGACCUGAUAUAAUCCGUGCAAGAACAUUUCCGAGUGUAAAUAUCUUCGGUAUAACAAUAAAUGAUGUUACAAUGAACGAAAAGGUAUGUUAUAAAAAAAAGAAAGACAAAGUAAUACGGAUACAGGAAGCCUUGAUAUUGUUUCCACAGUUCUUUUUUUUUAUUGUGACAUAAGAGAAUUGUAACGAGGCAUAAAAAAAAUCCAGGCUUCGAUUAAACCCCAAGUUGAGUUUCUUUUUUUUUUUUUUUUUUUUUUUUUUUUUUUUUUCACAACUCACAUGAUUUGAGUUUUGCUUUGUGCUUUCAUGUUCUCACAUGUGUGAUUUUCUGUUGAGUGAUGUAUCGGUGCUUUUUAAAUCUUUAUUCUUUAUAUUUCAAACAAUAAGAUCCUGAACAGUGGCACUUAAAUAGACUUCACAUUAAGCAUUCUAGAAACUACUGUAUUUUAUUUUAUUUUUAUUUUUUUUACCUCAGAGCCAAAACCAUAAUUUAUGUCUGAAAACUGUCUUCAAAUGAUUAUUCAUCGGUAGCAUCCAGACCACAGACGCACACAAACUGUCUGUGGUGAUUUGUUUUCUCUACUUUUUGUGUCUAUGAAUUCAGUGCCAGACUAAUAACUAUUAUAAGUUCAUAUAUUUAAGCACUUUCCAAAAAAAAAAAAAAAACCAUCUUGCAGCUUAUAUACAUGAUUUUGAGUUUGAUUGUGGGUUUUUUCCUGCUGGGUUUUUUGUUUGUUACAUUAUUUUAUAUUUAUUUUAUUACUAUACUGUAUCUCAAAUAAAAUCCUUUUACCCACA